GGAUGAGAAUGAAGCAUGCGCAGACAUAGUUUCGAACAAUUAGUACGUAAAGUUGUUACUAGAUGUCUGGUAAGUGCACAUUCUCACAUUACAAAGAAGGGGAGGGCUUCCUUUUCCGCAUAUUACUACAAUGGCGUCUGGUACAUUGUAUACAUAUCCAGAGAAUUUUCGGGCGUAUAAAGUUCUAAUUGCUGCCCAGUAUGCUGGUGGCAACGUGAAAGUCGCCCCUGGGUUUGUGUUUGGAGAAACCAAUAAAACAGAAGCUUUUUUAAAGAAGUUUCCGUUAGGAAAGGUGCCAGCAUUUGAAACUGCAGAUGGCCAAUAUUUGACAGAAAGUAAUGCUAUUGCAUAUUAUGUGGCCGAUGCACGUCUCCGUGGUCAGUCAGACUUGGAGAAAGCACAGGUGAUACAAUGGUUAGGAUUUGCUGAUAGUGAGAUUCUACCAGCUUCAUGUGCCUGGGUCUUCCCUUGCCUUGGAAUAAUGCAGUACAAUAAACAGUCUACUGAAAGAGCAAAGGAGGAUGUGAAGUCAGCCUUGCAGGCUCUCAAUACUCACUUGCUGCCACGCACGUAUUUGGUAGGAGAAACUAUCACUUUGGCAGACAUUGGAGUUGCUUGUACAUUGUUGCAGCUGUAUCAGUACGUUCUAGACACAAGCUUCAGGAAGCCGUACCAGAAUGUAAAUCGUUGGUUUACAACAGUUGUGAACCAACCACAAUUCAAGGCUGUUAUAGGGGAAUUCAAAUUUUGCAAGAAGACAGCAGAAUUUGAUCCAAAGAAGUUUGCUGAAUUUCAAGCUGCUUCCAAGUCAGGAGGUGGUGGGGGUGGGGGAAAAGAAGGUGGCAGUUCAAAAAAGGAGAAGAAGAAGUUGGAUGAAACAGAAUUGGCUCUGGCUGCAGAACCCAAGAGCAAAGAUCCGUUCGAUGCACUUCCUAAAGGCAGUUUCAAUAUGGAUGACUUCAAACGCUGCUACUCCAAUGAAGAUGAAACCAAAUCUAUUCCGUAUUUCUGGGAGAAAUUUGACCCUGAGAACUAUUCUAUCUGGUUCGGGGAAUACAAAUACAAUGACGAGCUGCAGAAAGUUUUCAUGAGCUGUAACCUUAUUACAGGCAUGUACCAGAGGUUGGAUAAGAUGCGAAAGAAUGCGUUUGGAUCUGUGUGCUUGUUUGGGACAGAUAAUGACAGUUCCAUAUCUGGUAUUUGGAUUUGGAGAGGUCAGGGAUUGGCAUUUGAGCUAUCGCAAGAUUGGCAGAUUGACUACGAGUCGUACAAAUGGACAAAAUUGGACCCUUCUAGAGAAGAUACAAAGAAGCUAGUGAAUCAGUAUCUGUCAUGGUCUGGUACUGACAAAGAGGGUCGCAAAUUCAAUCAAGGAAAGAUCUUCAAGUAGACUAAGCAUUUUUCAUGCAUUCAGGUUUUGUAUGGAUAUCAAUGUGUGAUUUGAAUUCCAUUUUGUAUUUUUCAAUUUUCUCAGCAUCCCUUAACAUUAAAUUGCUAACUCAUAAGUGA